AUGGUAUUUAAUGAGGUUUACAAAAGAAAAACGAAAAACCAGUCAAUGGAAAUACAGUUCAUUAUCCUAGGGUUGACAGAUGACCCACAAUUGCAAAUUGUGAUUUUCCUGUUUUUAUUUCUUAAUUACACAUUAAGCCUGAUGGGGAACAUAAUCAUUAUUUUCAUCACCCAGCUGGAUCCUCGCCUCAAGAAGUCCAUCUAUUUCUUUCUCCGUAAUUUUUCUUGUUUGGAAAUCAUAUUCACAACAGUAUGUAUUCCCAAAUUCCUGAUAACAAAUGUGACUAAAGAAAAAACCAUUUCAUACAACAAUUGUGCAGCUCAGGUAUUUUUUAUUCUUUUACUGGGAGUUACAGAAUUUUACCUUCUGGCUGCCAUGUCCUAUGACCGCUAUGUCGCCAUCUGCAAACCCCUGCAUUACCUCAUCAUCAUGAACAGCAAAGUGUGCUAUCAGCUUGUAGUCAGCUCUUGGGUAACUGUCCUAAUCAUUUUUCCUCCACUGGUCAUGGGACUUAAGCUGAAUUUCUGUGCUUCCAAAGUAAUUGAUCAUUUUAUGUGUGAAACUUCUCCUAUACUGCAGAUCUCUUGCACAGAUACGCAUGUCCUAGAAUUAAUGUCUUUUAUCUUAGCUGUGGUGACACUUGUAAUCACAUUGGUAUUAGUGGUUCUCUCCUACACUUGCAUCAUUAAGACAAUUCUGAAAUUCCCUUCUGCACAACAAAGGACUAAACCUUUUUCCACCUGUACCUCUUACAUGAUUGUUGUCUCCGUGACUUAUGGUAGCUGUAUCUUUAUGUAUAUUAAGCCCUCUGCAAAAGAAAGGGUGACUGUAUCCAAAGGUGUAGCUUUGCUCUAUACCUCAGUUGCCCCUUUAUUAAAUCCUUUCAUCUACACACUAAGGAACCAGCAGGUAAAAGAAGUCUUCUGGGAUAUUUUGCAAAAGAUAUUAAUGAGUAAUCAAUCAAUUGUCAUUGGCAAUAAGUGGGAGGCCUAUCUGGGGCUGCUGCCGGCUGAGUACACUAAGUAUACUGAGGAGGACCCCCUGGAGAUGCUGGGCCUGAAGCUCUGCUGCUGCAGUUGCGUGCUGCUGGCCCACAUGGACCUGAGGAAGAAGCUACUCAACUUAAUCUCCCCUGAAGUGACAGUGGGGACCACGGUAGUAUCUGGACAGACACAUUUGGCGAAAUGGCCUAAGAACCAGCUGACUGACCUCAUGACAGCCGAGCAACAGGUAGAGGCCUUGGACAGCAGACAUGGUCUUCCACCCCCUGAGCACUUAGAAAACUGCAGGAAGUUGACUGGAGCAUCUGGGUGCCUAUUCUUGUGCUCUUCCCAGCAAGUUUACACAAAGAAAGGUUACGAUGACGUUUUGCCUCUCGGCUUCUUAGGAUCUCCUUUGCCCGUGUUUAAAUACUUUUCCUCAGCCAGCACAGAGUCGCCCAGAGCCUGUACAGCUCGCACUUGCCCCGGCACUGUCUCUAUGGAGCUCCAUGGACGGCAAUAG